AUGCGUACCCAGCAGCUGCUCGCUCUCUCUGGCCUCAUCCUCGCCGGGAACGUCGCCAUCGCGUCCAAGCUAGAUCACGACGAUGUUCCAAACCGCUGUUGGAAUGUUUGUGGGGAUGUCGUCGGAAUUUCCAAAAGCUGUGAUGCCCGAUACGACAAUGAUUCUGCUGAGAUCAAAUGCAUCUGCGACUGGGAGAAAGCCAAAACCCAAAUCCCACUCUGCUCGGCCUGUAUUACCCAAUAUCAAACCGACAGACGCAACAACAGCACCAACAAUGACCAUGAUCACGACCACGACCAUGAUGAUGAUGAUCAUGACGAUGACGAUGAUCAUGACAACGAUCGCGACGAUGAUGACGAUGACAACGAGGCUCUUGACCUAGUUCACUCGUGCUCCUUGAGCACAACAACCUACAACUCUGCCGCAACUGGAACCAGCUCUUCUACCAGCACAGGCACAGGCACUGCUGCGUCUGCCACUGCAACCACCACAGGUGGAUCCAGCUCCAGUGGAACUAGCCAGGACUCCACCAGCUCGAACUCGGGAUCUGCUGAAUCUUCGGGAUCGUCUGCAGGCUCUGCUGCUUCUUCUACUGCGACCCCUGAUGCUGCUGCUGACCUAUCGGCUCGCGGAGUUGUCUCCAUGGCCGGUAUCGUGGGACUGAUGGCCUUUGCAUGGCUGUGA